AUGCAGAAAAACCAUGAACAAAUCUUCCCUUGACCUGGGACAAGAAGUCUAGAACGCCGGAUCUUGCUUGCAUCCGUGUUGAAGAUAUUUUGGUUCUGGCCACAUAGUUGUAAAAGACGUUGCCGGUAGCAAGGACCCAGCCAUGUCGGAGCAGGAUUUUGUUGGCCGCGUGAUUGGUGCUGCUUCCCAGGGAGCAGUGGGUGCUGUGGUGGCAGCUUCGCUGAGUGCGGUGACGGAGCCGUUGGUGAACAACAUGCUGGUGAAGCGAGUACCCCUGAUGGAGGCUGUGAAGGCUUUGGAUCCUGACAUGAUCAAGAAGUUCUUGCAGACCACCCUGGCGACGAACUUCAUCAAGUUCCCAUUCUUUGAGGCCACCAACAUCAUCAUGCAGGGAGUAGAUCUUCCUCCCACCGCAAGAGGAGCAGCAUUGGGAUCUGUCUUUUGCACCAUCACCCUGCCAAUCACCAACUACCGCUUCCGAAAGUCCAUGAACUUGCCCGUGACCCCGGGAAACCUCUACCAGGCAUAUGGCCCAACAGUUUUGCGAGACAUUAUCUAUGGCAUUGCUCGCAACAAGGUCUCCGUUUUCCUCACCAACUUGAAUCCCACCUUCGCGAGCACCAUGAUGGGCAGGGUUGUGAACAUGUUUGCCACUGUUGUGGCAGCAUGUGUUUUGUCUGCUCCUGGCAACGAAUUGCGGGGCUACUGCUUGCAGCCUCCAGAUCGCAAGCAAUCCUUCGGAGACUUCUUCCAGCCAGCAAAGUUCAUUCGAAGCACAUCGGUUGGUGCCAUCAUCAUGGGCAUCAGUUUGGCCAUUGGAACAAUGGCGACACCCCAGGUGGAGAAGAUUGUGGGCAUCAUGAAAGAGUACCUGCAGAAAAACCCUCUUAGCUACGUCUUGAUCAUCCUCUUCGUCCUUCAGCAGGUCAUUGCUAUGCGUCGCCAAAGUGAGCUGGUUGAAUCCAUGGAAAAGAAGAAGUGAGAGAGGUCUCUUUUUGCACAAAAAGGCAAGAGCGGGCAUGUUUCUAGUUGCACAUUUGACAUGAUGAGUGUCUGCCUGAGUCAAACCUGACUCUGAUUGUUCCGGUAUCUAUUUCGUUUCAAUGUCGCUUUUCUCAGCUACCUGUGGUGCCACUGAGUGUUCAACAAACACCAAAAGUCUGUUUGCGUAAC